AUGAAACUCUCCACCAUCUCCCUCCUCCUCCUCCCCACCCUCGCCCUCGCCGCCCCCUCAGAGAACCGUGCGUUAGAAAAGGUGCGCGCCGUGGGCGAUUCGACGUCGGUUGUCAGUCUGAAUGAUGAUUCGUCGACGCUUUCCUCGCUUGUAGUAUACAACCCAUCUUCCUCCCGUGCCGCCGCUGCUGCUUCGAGCUCCGGCGCUGGCGCUGGCGCUGGCUCUUCAGUGUCGUCGGCGGCUGAAUCCGCCAAAACCAUUACGUCCGGUGAAUCCCUCGCUUUCACCCCGUCUAGCACUUCGACGCUGUCUUUUAUUGGGAAUGUGUCUACCGCUACCGCUACUGGGGCUACGAGCGCGCAGGGAAGUGGGAGUAAGGUGGCGGCUGCGGCGGGGACGACGACGACGGGGAGUGGGAGUGCAAGUUCGAGUUCGAGUUCGAGUUCUGGGGCUGUGGUAGGGAGGGGUAUGGCGUGGGGGUGGGGUGGGGUUGUGGGUAUGUGUGUUGCUGGGUUGAUGCUGGUUUGA